AGGAAGUGAGUAAUAUGAUAAUCGUUGACGGUAAUAGGACGUGUUUGUUCUUCAGCUGAGCCCAACACGAAUGAAGACACGUGGAACAGUUCGAGUCUACUACAACAAGGAAACGUGCUUAUUCAGGUUUCCAACCUAUUUGGACAUAACAGUUUUGAGGAAUUAGAAGAGGCAAAGAAAACGGUUUAUUCGGCAAGGCUUAUUUUGUGGUAAGGAUGAAGAGAGAAGUGAGUGCUGGAGUGAACUUUCUGAAAUGCUUGGCGGUGGAACGUGGAGGUGUAGAAGAAAUAAAAGCCAAACAGUUUGCUGCUAAGCUACAAGAACUUCUUUUUGAGAAGUUCACAGACCACUGGUACCCAGACAACCCUAGCAAGGGACAGGCAUACAGAUGCAUAAGACUAAAUGAAGGAGUUCCCUGUGAUAAAUCAGUGUUACAAGCGUGCUUGGAGAGUGGCAUAAAGCCAUCUGAAUUGGGCUUUCCUCAUGAGAUCACAGUAUGGAUUGAUCCAAUGGAUGUGUGUGUACGCUCAGGAGAGAACUGCAGAUAUUUUACAGUGGCUCACUUCGAAAAAGAAGAGGAGGACGUAAAGAAGAUUCACUAUAAUCAGGAUGACACUUUUAGCCUAGUGGAUUCUGUGAAUCUGGAAACCUCUGACUAUCACUCAGCGACCUCCUCUGACUGUGGAUCAGCUGUCCCAAGUGAUACAGAAGAGGAGAUGAAAGGGGAAGUAACAAAAAAAGAGGAAGAGAAAGUAGUAAAGAAUGCAAGUCCUACAACAAGAUCCAAGGCAAGGGAACCAAGAGGGCCACGCAAGUUUCCUCAAGCUCAGAUCCCUGGUCCGCAGUACUUUUAUCACCCUACACUAAUGUGGCCCCAGUUCAAGAAAAAGAGAGGCAUGUGCUUCACGACCAUAUGUGCACCGGCACCUUCUCCCAUGUUUGCUUAUUACAUCCUCCCCAAAUCCUCCCCUCAGUUCAUUGUGCCUCACGCUACUUUGCAAACUUGGGGGACAGUGAAAGGAUGAAGAACUCAAACCCAAUUAGCACAUACACCUGGUAUGUUGGAGUAUAUGUAUACUGUGAGGCAUAUCGGCCACUCUGAAGAGCUUUUAAUAGCUUUUCAUAAUGAAAUUAUAAAAUAUUUGAGAUUCAUGUCAAACAUGCCAACACUUUAGAAAAUUUUUCCUUUUCACUUACUCUGUUAUUAUUUAGGUUUUCCUAAUAAUAUUAAACCUUAAACAAAAUAAUUUAUUCAAACUGCUCUUGCACCAAAUCAAUCUGUUUUUGCUUGUUCACAAACUUUACAGGAAUAUUUCUCAACUACUGUACUUUGCCAAAGUUGAAUUGCUGUAUAUUUGGAAGUGUUUUGAAAUCGCACCUUUUAUGCCUGCUUAUGUAGUCAAUUUUUAACAUUAUUAUUUAUAUAAUGUGUUUAAGUGGUAUUUUAUGCAAUAGAAAAUAUUGAGUUAAUGUAAUAUUUCACAAUGAAAACACAUUCCAGAAUAUAAAUAGACCAACCAGCAGUUCACCUCAGGUGUGAUUGCCUUUAAAGUCAGCAAUACCUCUGAAAAUACUAAGUCACAUAUACCUCUUCUAUACAAAACUUAAUUUUAUAUAUUGAAGCCAAAGAAAGCUCUUGCAGUUGAAUAAAUACUUUUUGCUGCCUAUGCUAUAGAUAUUGCUCCUGACUAAUGUGAAUUUACUCAUUCACUGUGGAAUCAUAUCAGCUCAAGAUUUAAUAAUCAUAUCUGCUUAGGAUGUAGAAAGGACUGCAUUAAUAUAAAGAUUUUAUCUCAUUAAUUGUGCUUGAUUUAAUGCACAGUGAUGCUGUAGAACUUAUACCUUUGUUAAGUAAAUUGUUAUUGUAUUGUAAUUUAUUUCAAAAACCCUAGGCGGUAAUAAUAUCUGAAUCACAAUAAUUUGUGAUUCAGGUGUUGCAGCCAAUGUUUGUUUGUACAUAAUAGAUUGUCUUUUGGUCCUAAAGAGAGAUGCUGAUUUUUAUUUUUAAUUGAAUUGCAUGUAAUAGUGUAUACUGUUCCCAUCCCACCACUGCUGCUUGUUUAUUGUUCCAGUAUACCAAAAUAAUGGUACAGUAUCUAAAUCUUAUUUUUAUUAAGUACACGAUAAUGACUGAUUUAAACUUUUAAAGGGGUGAAGGGUUUGUCUUAAAAUAUAAAUGCCUUUCAACAUUGGAAUUUUACUGUACUUUUGUUUGUAUCUUUGUUUUUAUUGUAGAAUUUAAUCAAGUUAAUUUUUGUACAUGCAACUUACAACUGUUUCUACCUUUACAAACCUCUGACUGUUUUCUUAGUUUGAACUUCAAAUGAAUAUUUAUUUGUGCAUGCUUUCUCUGCCUUCUUUUGACUAAUUGUUUGUGCUUAUGCAAUCACUGUAAAUAUUGCUUAAGCCUUAGCAAAAGGGUAAUGAGAUGAAUUGUGGUUCUCUGUACAUUUUCUUGUUGUUACAAAUAUUUAUUUUAUUAAU